UCCUUCGCCAAUAAAUUUAUGUAAGGGAUCCUCUCUCCCCGUAAAUUCUUAUGGCAAUCCUCCAAGUUUGAAAUUCUGGGCUCUUCACACAUAAUUGAUUCUCGGUUUGGCUGAGUCUGCUAUAAAAACACCCCGGACUUGGGAAUAUAUAGAGGGUUUAUCUUUUCAGUGUUCUUUGGAAGAAAGGGGUUUUUCAGUAUUAUAAUUGCAGGUAGAUAAAGGUUCAGAAGUAUAAACUACUUUUGUAGAAGAGAGCAGGAAAAUAUGGCCAUGGCAUUCACAAUGAAACCGGCUUGCCAGAACACACUUUCAGGGGUCAAAGGAGGAAGGAGAUUUAAUACAUCUAGUCAAAUACACAGGAUACCCAAAACUCUAUCAUUUCACAUUCUGAGCUCAUCAUCUCCUCCACUUUCUUCUCCAACCAGAUAUUCUAGGCAAGUACUGAGGAAUAGCAGAGCUGCAUGCACUGCUGCAUCUGUUGGUGGGGGAUCAAGUACAAGUGGUGAUGACAAUCCUUAUAAGGUCCUUGGUGUUAGUCCAUUAGAGAAAUUUGAGAAAAUCAAGGCUUCUUAUACCAGAAAAUAUAAAGAUGCAGAAAGAAGAGGGGAUGAUGCAGCUAUGGCACAACUGGAGAGAGCAUAUGACAAGAUAAUGAUGGCUCAACUUUCAAAUCGUAAACAAGGCCUAACUUUUGGUUCUGUUAAGGUUUCAAAGGAUAUAAAAUAUGCUGACAAGCAACCAAUUGUACCUUGGGGCCCAAGGUAUGCACGCGCUGAGAAAAAUGACAUACUAAUCAACUUCGCAGUAUCUUUAUUCUUUACAGGUUGGAUAAUGUAUGCUCGUUCAGCAGAUUAUAAGCCAUUACAGUUUUUAAUAUUUGGAUACAUCUUUAGGAUGUUCGAGAAAUUAAAAUCUUUCGAGCAACCAUCAAUACCAUCAACCACUGAGGAAUUAGAAGAUGAGAGCCAAAGUGUUCGGACAGGAAAGCGUUUAUUGCGUAGUCUUGCACUAGUCUUUGGGUGUGUUGCUGUUUCAUCAUUGGCUUACACGGGCAUCCUCAAUGCAAUUGAAUAUCUUAAUUUUUACAUUCCACAAGUUCUUAUUAAAAGUCAGGAACUAUUUGUAACCUUAUGUUCUGCAAUUGCGCUCUUCCUUCUUGGAUCAUAUUACAGGUGACUUUAUAACUAUAGGAUAGACAUUUCUGUCUAGUCCAGAGGUGCUAUUGUCUUUUGUGUUUGCUCGGGCAUUAGAGUCGUAUGAACAAAAUCAUAGCUCGAUCUGUCAGCUUCAGGUUGAACAUAUGAGUCUUUGUUAGUGGUCAUUCUAGCUUUGACUAAUUUAUCUCAGGCCUGUGCAAACAUAUCACAAGGUUUUAACAUGCAGUGUAGCUCUAGGUCAUUGUUAUUGAGUAAAUUCAUUUAUAUAACGUUAUGUGGAGAUUGUAGAGCUCUCCUUGGAUAUUGUAUUUGGGGAUUUGAGAUUUUGAAAGAUCUAUGUUUGAGUCUUUUAAGCCAAUCGUGUUUCAGUUGUAACUAAAAUAGGUCCUAGAACUUUACUUAAUGUAGAAAGAAAUGAAGAUUAAUGAUUAAAUUUUUGUUCACUUAA